UUAUUUUUAUGAUUAAGCAAUAAUUGUAGCUUUCCUUAUAGUUUAUUCCUUAUGAUAAAAAGCUCCUGUAAAUUGUUUAAAAUCCCCUGAGAGCAAGUGUAAUGUACGUGACAGAUGUAGUUAACUCCUCAGUUUUGUAUUAUUUGUGCGUAUCAGUGAGUUGUUUGUAUUCAUGAGUGUGACAUCCUUCAGAAGAGACCUUCACAUUGUAGUUGCAUAUCUUUGUUUUGCUUAUUUUUGUGGCAAACAGGAAACUGUUGUUUGGCUCAUAUCAAAGAAGUUGAACAGAAAUGAGCAUGAUACUUGCGAAGAAAGGAGUUUUGUAUGUGCUUAAGCGGAAUACAGUGGCUUUUGUUUGAACCGUACUUAUAAGGCCCGUAUGAUUGUUCCCAUUGUUUCUUAUUUCUUUUUUUCCCCCUGCUCUGUCAGUUGUCCAAAGGGUUAGUAAAAUGAAUGACGGUAAUGGCGCGGCCAGUGAACCAUAAAGAAGUCGAAAACAAUAUCAGCUGCGUGGAUCUGUCAGUUGCAAAUGUGCUGUGCUGGCCUUUGUUUAUGGUUACUGGAAGGAGAGGGGGGAAGAAAAAAAAACUUGAGGGUAUUUAAAUUCUCAGUGCAGGAAACUAGGUUAGAAAAAAGUGUCGGCUUUCAGAUGGACCCAUUUCCAAGUUCUUCUUUGCUGAGAGAUUACAACCGAAGGGGGGAAUUGGCUAGUUUUCUACAGAAUCACCUCACAACACUUCCCUUCCUCCCGUUUUUUUAAAGGGGGAAAGAGAAACAAAGUUGUAUAAAGGAGAGGCUGGUGGCAAGAGUGUAGAGGAGUAGCAUAUGGCACUAAAAGGAGCACAGCUGGAGGUAGCAUUUCCAUCUGAACAUGAUGUCAGAGCAGCUGACAGGCUGCCAUCCCCCAGUCUUUUCUUCUAACGCACAGACUGGGAGUUAGUGUGUGUGCGGAUCUGUGUGCAGGAGGAGGCAUCGCAUUCCCCUCCAACAUCUCCUCCACUUUGCAUCUGUCCCUCACAGUUUGAUUUUCUCUCUCUUUCUUUCGCGUCUCUACCCUUUCAUUGAUUCGGCGGAGGGAGUUACAGCCGGCGCUACCACAACUGUGGACUUAAUCAAGUUGAUGCGUACUGCAGGUUAUGAAGACAGCAUGGAGUUUCCAGACCACAGCAGACAUUUGCUACAGUGUCUGAGUGAGCAGAGGCAUCAGGGAUUCCUUUGUGACUCCACUGUGCUGGUCGGUGAUGCCCAGUUCCGAGCCCAUCGUGCAGUGCUGGCUUCAUGCAGCAUGUACUUCCACCUCUUUUACAAGGACCAGCUAGACAAAAGGGACAUUGUUCAUCUGAACAGCGACAUUGUCACAGCCCCGGCCUUUGCUCUCCUGCUUGAGUUCAUGUACGAAGGAAAGCUGCAGUUUAAAUCACUUCCAGUGGAAGAUGUGCUGGCUGCCGCCAGCUACCUCCACAUGUAUGAUAUCGUCAAGGUGUGCAAGAAGAAGCUCAAGCAGAAGGCCACGGCUGAGGCCGACAGCACCAAGCGGGAAGAGGACACUUCCAGCUGCUCGGACAAGGUGGAAAGCUUCUCGGAAGGUGGAAGCACGGGCCGGCCCGCAACUGCUGACCUGCUCCAGAGCGAUGAUGAAGACAUGGAGAACAAGCGGGACAGCCCUCAGGAGCCAGGGAGCAUGUGGAUGCGACUGCCUUCCGACCGGACCACGUCUCCCACCACCAGCCCCAGGGAGGCAGAAACGCAUGGUCCUGAUGCUGGCAAAUCCCCUGCCGGCAGCCCCAGCAGCUCUUCUGGCUCUCUUUCCCGUCGCUCUGCAGCAUCUCGGAGAGUCUCUGCUGACACUGAUUGUGUGCUUGACCUCUCUGUGAAGUCGAGCCUAGGUGGAGGUCCUGGGGAGAACAUUGCUGGCAACCCUUACUUCUGCAGCUCUGUGACCCCUGACAGCCUCCAGAGUGCCCUGGUUCAAGUGAAGGUGGAAAAGGACACGGGCUCCGAUGAUGACGAACUGGUGAGCGGUGACUAUGAGAUGGAGCACAGUGGUGUGAAGGAGCCACCCAGCACCAACGGGACCCACCUCAGCCUUGUUGCGCAGCGGAGGCUGGGCCUGGAAGCUCACCUCUCGGCUCUGCGCGAGGCCUCGCUGGCCAGUGAGCUGGAGCGGGACGACAAAGGAGGCGACGAUGACACAGAUGUCCUCGGCGGAGACAGCGAGCGCGUGCAGGAAGCUGCAGGAGUGGAGAGCUCCCUGUUGCCUUAUGUCUCCAGCAUGCUGGGGGCACCACAUACCCAGAUCUUCAUGUGCCCCUUAUGCAACAAGGUCUUUCCCAGCCCCCAUAUCCUGCAAAUCCACCUCAGCACACAUUUUCGUGAACAGGAAGGCGUACGGGCCAAGCCGGCAGGCGACGUUAACGUCCCCACAUGCUCCAUAUGUGGCAAAACCUUCUCCUGCAUGUACACAUUAAAGCGACACGAGCGGACACACUCAGGCGAGAAGCCCUACACAUGCACUACUUGCGGCAAGAGCUUCCAGUACUCACACAACCUGAGCCGGCAUGCCGUCGUGCACACACGCGAGAAGCCGCAUGCUUGCAAGUGGUGCGAGCGGCGCUUCACACAGUCAGGGGACUUGUAUCGACACAUCCGCAAGUUCCACUGCGAACUGGUCAACUCGCUCUCGGUUAAGAGCGAGGCGCUCAAUCUACCCACGGUCAGAGACUGGGCACUGGAAGAUAGUUCUCAAGAACUGUGGAAAUGAAUGCUAAAAUGAUUGCAGACUGUUUGAACUGCUUGUUAAUUUAAUAAGAGAUCUGAGUGGCAUUUUUGGGGGCAGAAAGGUGAAGGUAAGAGUGGGAAGGAGUGACGGCCGAAGGGUCUGAAUCAGUCAUUUUUCUUGUAUGUACAUUGCAAAUCUUGUUGAAUUGCACUUUACUAGCACAUGAAAAUGUUACUACUGAUUUUCUUUUAAUAUAUUUGUUUCUGGUUGACUUAGGGUCUCUCUUUUUUUCCUGUUUACUUUGGGUUUUUAUAAAACAUAGGUUCUGGUUUUUGGCAACCAGAACAAAAUAUUCAUUGGGAUUUUCAACUGUAUAUAAUUUACAGUAUUUGUAUACGCUCCUAAAUUUCAAGGAACAUCUGCCAUGAAAAGCAUAUGAAGAUUUCAGGUCAUAGACUGAGGAGUUUAAAAAUAAGGACACACUAAACGGGUACUAUGGUCAUAUAUUUACCUGUACACACUCGCCUCUUGUUUGAGUAAUCAUAUAUAUAUAUAUAUAUAUAUAUAUAUAUAUAUAUAUAUAUAUAUAUAUAUAUAUAUAUAUAUAUAUAUAUAUAUAUAUAUAUAUAUAUAUAUAUAUAUAUAGUGCACUACCAUAACAUACCUGAUGUAUGACUGUGGCCAUGCAUGCAUGUGUAUUCAUGCGCGUACGCACACAUACACACCUAGUGUAUGAGCAGGUCAGUCCUUUAAAUCCCACAAGGAAGCUCUAAGCUCGCGUUACUUAAGCUCUUGUACAUUUUUGACUCAUUAUAGGAAACUUGACUGAUGAAAGACAAACAAGGCACUCAUGCAAUGUACAGCCUCCUUUUUCACAUCAGUUGCUGCGUUAUUAUUAUUUUCCUCUAUUCUUCCUUAAUAUGAUUUGAAGUCAUUUUGGCAUUUUAGUUGCGCUCGUUUGCUACUGAGGUUGGUUUUUACAUCAGCUGCAUUUCUAGAGAUUUCUGUAGUGUUUUAUUGAGACUUUUUUCGUUUUUAAAACGGAAUCUGUUGUUGCAUGAUGUCUGACCUGUAUAUUGAAAAAGAUGUGACUUGCUGUAUUGCUGUACACUGUAAUUGACUGAUUCAUUGCAGUCAGGGCACCUGUCUGUUGAGAAAAAAAAGUACCUUUAAUAUUACCGCUGUAGAAAUUGCAUGAAUUUUAUUUAACUUACUCUUUUUCGUUGUUGUUUUGCAUCAGAGAGUGUAUUUUUUAAUUAACUCAUUCGAUUCCUUGGUAGAUUUGAGUUUUAUCGUCUCAUUAGAGAAUGAAUCGGGGGUGUUUUUUUUUUUUUUCUGGGCUGUGAAGAAUGUGGAAAUGCACUGACAUUAGGCUGCAGUAUCUACACGCAUGAAGCGAUUCAUUUCGUAGGAUUCAGAGGUUAACGAGGGGCCAGGUGUCAGCAGAGGCAGAAUCGCUGCAUUAAUUGUUCACAAGGCUAGCGUUGCUCCUGCUAGCAUCUCCUCGCGCUGCUCUUUCCAGUGCUGGGUCCUCAACUGCUGUUCGUCUCGGUGUCCUGUUUACUGGCUGUUGUCAUUUGAAUCAUGUCGGCUCUGUUUGUAAUUUAUUUAUUUAUCUUUUCAAUUGGCACUUGCUUCAGAUUUGAUUGCCACGAAGACACAUUUGCGUGGCUGAUGGUGCAGCUCUUCUUUAUGGGUGUCCUCAGCAGCGCACAUCUAUUUGGAGAAAGCUGAAGGAUCUUUAAACAGCAUAAAGCUCGAGUGGUUUGUGUGCGUGUGUUUGUGUGUGUUUUUUUUUUUUAUCGUCACUUGAACGGCGAGGUUGGUCGCACCUUUGAAAUUGAUGAAAUUAGAAUGAUGUGCAAAAGAGGCCUUUAUGACAUGUAUACGCCUAAUUAUUAACCGAAUUGACUUUGUUACACUGAAAGAAAGAAAAAUCUAUCAAUUUAUGAUUGUUUGAUCAGUUGUUUUUGCAGCAUUUGUGAUUUUUAUUUUAAAAAUUUCUAUAUUUUUUCUUUAAAUUCAUUAUUUUAAGGUUUAAUUUUAGCAAUGUUAACACAUUGUUCAUUUUGUUUGUUGGUUUGUUUCACAAAAACACUUUCAUUGUCAAAUCCGGAGAAGUUAAAAGCAAAGAAAACAAAUGUCUUAGCGCUGUAGACGUAGAUCAGUCACUCACAUAGAGCUGAAAUGCUUGAACUACUUUAGUUAGAGAGGGCCAGGGGGCUCCGCACAUGUUUCCAGCAGGACAGGAGUGUGCGGCACACGGGCCUACGCAGGCCUCAGGAACUGUCCUACCAUAUAUUUGGCUGGUGCAACGGCUAGUGAAAAGGUUGAGCUUUGCCAACAGCGCACGCUCCUCAUGGCGUUUUGCACGGUGGUACUUUUACCUUUUGCACUCUACAAUGUGACAGAAAAAAAAAGAUCAACUCUGGGGUUGAUUUGUUUUCUACGCUUUCUUUUAUUCUUAUUUUAUUUCGUUGGCUUCUGUUGUACUUGACCGCCUUAAACUACUGUUAUCAGCUUAUACUCAGAGGGUGAAAACUGGAAACUGUCGCUGGAAUACUGGAUGUCUUUUUUUAUUUUUUUGACUUUUGUUCAAUGGAAAUGAAGCUGUGAAAUGGCCUAUGAAGCAUAUCCAUAAAUUGGACACCCCUUUAGUUUACUUGAAACCCAGGAACCCCAGUGUGAAGAACAACUGUUUGUCAAAAUCAAAUGGCAAAGAAGAAAAUAUAUGUUAAACUCAAAGACGAUCGCUGUCUGGAAUUUAAAAAAAAAAGAUAAAAUAAAAAGGAUUGGACUUCACAUGUAAUUGCUUCCCUUCUGAGAUUUUUUGCUAUGUUGACAUUGUUCUUUUUAUGGGUUUAGACAUUUAGCUUUGACAAUCAUAGUAUGUUUCAUUUUCUCAAGGGAAGUAAAUUAUGAGGCUGUUUAGUUUUGUACUUUUGGUGUGCUGUUGGUGAAAUUUUUAAAUUGUGUGCAAACUGCAAUAAAUUAUAAGAACCUUAA